AUGCCUUCUCCAGUGCCUUGCAGAAAAUUGGUCGAUUCUACUCCUGAUACCGAUCAAAUGUUCAUUAAUGAUAAUGAAACUGAGCAUCAUCGUGUGCAAGAUGACGAUAAUCAUGGUUCUUCACUGAUCGACACAGAAUUUUCUUCAUCACAAUCGUCCCAAAAACCAAUAAAAUCACAAGAAGAUAAUAAUCCUUACCUAAUGCAUAUAGGCGAAAGUGAUGCUAUGAUAGAAGGGGUAACUAAUGAAGAAUAUCAUAAAGAUCAUGAUGAUGACGGGUACGAAAAUAUGGCUUUUAAUGCCUUUUCAGUUCUAUCUGAUUCGACCACAGGUUCUGGUAUUGGUUCUUUCAUUUCUAAUUCUUCAACAGUUAUUUUAG